AACCUACCUCUUUAGAGGUGGGUGUAAACACCAAGGAGUGGUGCAGCAGAGCUGAAAAAGCCAUACACUACAGAUCAGUUAAAGAAAUGAACUAGCUUUUGGUUUGGCUAAGGGCACAGUAUUUAUAUUGUAACAGGGAGUGAAACUUACUGACUGAUUCCUAGAGGAGAAAUGGCGCAGCAAGUGAUUCAGCUGGAUCAAGAAAAACUGAGCUGUUCAAUCUGUCUGGAUCUCCUAAAGGAGCCGGUGACUAUUCCCUGUGGGCACAGCUACUGUAUGAGCUGUAUUAAAACCUACUGGGGUGAGGAUGAUCAGGAGAAAACACACAGCUGUCCUCAGUGCAGGCAGAGUUUCACACCGAGGCCAGCCCUGGUGAAAAACACCAUGUUUGCAGACUUAGUGGAGGAACUGAAGAAAGCAGGACUUCAAGCUGCUUCACCUGAUCAUCUCUACGCUGGACCUGGAGACGUGGCCUGUGAUUUCUGCACUGAGAGGAAGCUGAAAGCCUUCAAGUCCUGUCUGGUGUGUUUGGCCUCUUACUGUGAGCAACACCUUCAGCCUCACUACGAUGUAGCUCCAUUGAAGAAACACAAGCUGGUUGAACCCACCUCCAGGCUUCAGGAGAAUGUCUGCUCUCUCCAUGACGAGGUGAUGAAGAUUUACUGCCGCACUGAUCAGAAGUAUAUCUGUUAUCUCUGCUCCAUGGAUGAACAUAAAGGUCAUGACACAGUGUCAGCUGCAGCAGAAAGGGCCGAGAGGCAGAAGGAGCUCGAGGUGAGUCGUCAAAAAAUCAAACAGAGAAUCCAAGACAGAGAGAAAGAUGUGAAGGUGCUUCAACAAGAGUUGGAGGCUAUCAACCUCUCUGCUGAUAAAGCUGUUGAGAACAGUGAGAAGAUCUUCACUGACUUGAUCCGUCUCAUCGAGAAAAGAAGCUCUGAAGUGAAACAGCAGAUCAGAUCCCAACAGAAAACUGAUGUGAGUCGAGUUAAAGAGCUCGAGGAGAAGCUGCAGGAAGAGAUAACUGAGCUGAGGAGGAAAGAUGCUGAUCUGGAGCAGCUCUCCCACACAGAGGACCUCACCAUUCUAAACAAAUAUCCAUCUCUGUCACAUUUGGGUAAAUCAACAAGUUUACCCAGCAUCAAACAAAAAUCUAAGCAAUAUUUUGAAGAUGUGACAGCAGCAGUGUCAAAGGUCAGAGAUAAACUAAAGGCUGUUCUGAAUGAGGAAGGGGCAAAGGUCUCACUGAAAAAUACUGGAGCGGAUGUUUUACCGCAACAUAAAGAGCCCAAAACCAGAGCUGAGUUCUUGAAAUAUGCCCGUCAAAUCACACUGGAUCCAGUCACUGCAAACAUAUUUUUGUCACUGUCUAAGAACAACAGAAAGGCAACGCUGAUGCCAGCAGGAGCAGAGAUGUUUUGGAUUCACCCAGAAAAAUUCUUUAAAUGGUGGCAGGUCCUGAGUACAGAAGGUCUGACAGGGCGUUGUUACUGGGAGGUGAAGUGGAGUGGUAAAGUAUUAGUAGCAGUUGCAUACAAGGAUAUCAGAAGACUCGGGACAAGGAGUGAAUGUGGAUUUGGAAAUAAUCACAAAUCUUGGGCAUUAGAGUGUGAUAGUGAUGGUUUUACAUUCAGACAUAACAAUAAUUCUACCCCCAUCUCAGGCCCUCAGUCUUCCAGAAUAGGAGUGUAUCUGGAUCACAGGGCAGGUACUUUGUCUUUCUACAGUGUUACUAAAACCAUGAAUCUCCUCCACAGAGUCCAGACCAGGUUCACUCAGCCUCUCUAUGCUGGACUUUGGCUUCCAGAAAUGGCUGGAGACAGUGCUGAGGUGUGUGAGCUCAGGUAGACAGGCGUGUGAUUCAUCUGUGAUACAAUGUUCAGGUGUGCCUGAACUGCAACGAUCAAACUCAAUCAGUUCGAUUGUGAAAUAAAAACAAAAUCAUUUCUUAUUUUAUUUGCUACAUAGGGAUAAAACUGGUUGAUAAAAUUUGAUUCUUAUAUUUAUGCAAAAUGUCUAAUUAAAUAUUAUAUUAAAUAAAUAAAUAUUAUCCUAUUUAAAUCAAAUUUGGUUAUUAUAUACUAGAAGAUGAAAAAAAGCCAUACAUGUAAAAACUUAUGUCUAUUAAGACUUGAAUUUUGUUGCUUUAGAAAAAACCAUCUGUCAGAUUAAUGUAAUAUAAAGGUAAAAACAGGGUCAUUUUAGUUGUGCUAUGUCUUCAUGAACUUCAAUAAAUACAGUUUUGAAUGUAAAUAUUAUCCAAAAAGUAAAUAAAAAAAUGUAAAUUUCAAUAAAAUUAGUUACACUGAUAAUUUGAAAUAUAACGCUUUGAAGAAUACUUUUUAAGUGUGUAUUCAAGUAUUGUUGCUUAACAAUUAUGUCAACUUUUUAGGAAGUAUGUGUGCAAAUAUAUUGUUUAUCAAUAUUCUAAUAAAUAUGUAGUUCAUUAUUCACCAUC